GUGCAUUUGUUUCACUAAAAGGCAAACUUCUGUGGACGGCGGCGGCGGGUCUUGCCUCUCACAAAUUUAACCCCUUUCUUUUUUUUUUCCUUCUUUAAGGUAACAAAAAAAAAACACCUAUUAACACCUUAAGAAAAGCUCCCAAAAUGCCUCCCAAAGCCAAGAAACCCGAUGUGAGCAAAAAGGCUGACAGUAAGAAGAAGGAAAAAAUAAUUGAAGAUAAAACAUUUGGUUUGAAGAAUAAAAAAGGAGCUAAACAGCAGAAAUUUAUCAAAGCCGUCACUCAUCAAGUAAAAUGUGGAAACCAAAGUGCCAAGAAAUUGUCCGAAUUGGAAGCAGAGAAACAGAAAAAGAAAACUGACAAAAGAUCUCAGCUAGACGAGCUUAAUCUUCUAUUCAAGCCUAUCCAACCUGCACUCAAAGGUGCUGAUCCUAAGUCUGUAUUGUGUGUAUUUUUCAAACAAGGCCUUUGUACAAAAGGAGAUAAAUGUAAAUUUUCCCAUGAUUUAGCCAUCGAGCGGAAAGGAGCCAAAAAGAAUAUCUAUGAAGAUACUCGCGAAGGAGAGACUAUGAAUGAUUGGGACCAGCAGAAGCUGGAAGAAGUUGUUGAUCAGAAACAUGGAGAAAGUAACAAGGCUAAGCCAAAAACUUCUAUUAUUUGCAAAUACUUUUUAGAUGCUGUUGAGAACAGCAAGUAUGGUUGGUUUUGGGAUUGUCCAAAUGGCAACGAUAAAUGUAUAUAUCGGCAUUGUUUACCAGCAGGAUUUGUAUUGAAAAAAGACCAAAAAUUGUUAGAAAAGAAAGAUGAAAUUUCUCUUGAAGAAUUAAUUGAGAAAGAAAGAGCAGCUCUUGUUCAUACAGGAACAAAAAUCACUUUGCAGACUUUCUUGGAAUGGAAGGAGCGAAAGAAAAAACAGAAAAUUGCUGCUUUUAACCAGGAAACAGAAAAGAAGAAAGCGGAAUUUAAAGCUGGACGUACAGUUGGAAUUAGUGGUCGAGAAAUGUUUGAGUUCAAUCCUGACCUAAUUACCCAAGAUGAUGAAGGGGCUGCUGAUUUUGAUUACAGUCAGGCAACAUCUGAUGACGAAAGUGAGGAGAGUUACAAUGGUCCCGUUAAUGAUAUUAAUACAGAGUUAUUUGUUGCUACUGAGAAUGAUGGCUCAGGUGGAACUCGAAUAGAAGAUAUUAGGAAAAAAACUGAAGAAAACAAGCUGUCUGAAGCAACUGCCCUUUCAGAACUCAAUGGUGAGGAAGAUGCAAAUGUACAAAUUGAUGAAGACUUGUUUGAUGCUGAAGAUCUUGACCAACUUGACGAAGACUUAGACACAUUAGAAAUUGAAGAUUGAUGCAGAGAUGUUAUUUGAUAACUGAUCCUCCUCCUCCCUUCUUCCACCCCCAUCCCUGUCCCCCUGCCUCUUUUUCAUUCUCUUUCUCUUUCUUCUCUUUCCGUCUCUCUCUCUCUCUCUAGACCUAAACCCCUCUUGAACCUAGACUCAUAAGACAAAAAUCUGAAUGUUUGGUUCAAAAUAAAGUGAUAAAUUGUAUCCCAAGAGA